AUGGAGAACCCAGAAGCGUCGUUUGGCGUAUCGCCGUUGGGUGUGACGAUUGCUCGAAAGCAACUGCAAGGAGACGAUCUGUUGGAGCAGACGCAGAUCAAAAAGGCGCAAAAGAGAAAGGAACAGCAACCCGUCAAACGAAUGAUCAAGCAAAAGCAAAUCAUCACCCGGACGACCAAGAAGCUCCUGGACAAUGGCAAACCCCGGAAGAAUUCGUCUUGGAUGGCGUUGGUCGAAGGCGUGACGCUCUACGGGUUGUGUCUGUUUCUGCCUUCCAUGAUUGGCAUGAUUAUGAACUUGGAUCGUAAUUCUGUGUCGUUUCUGUGGGAAGAAGUCCAACUCCAAAUCUGUCAUCGAUCCACCUGGAUUUGCUGGAAUAUUUUGGGCCGCGUCUUGCCGUCUCUAGACGACGAAGAACCCGAACAAUUGACAUUUGACAACUUUGCUUCCGAUACCUAUUUGUCCGACAUUUAUGUGAUUGUAUGCUUGACAUUUUUCAUGGCUCUGUGUCGUGUGCUGCUCGUCCACAUUCUGGUACCCAACAACCUGGCACCCCAGCAGAUGGAAGCCUUGGUCCGCUGCAAAUCCAUCCAUCUCUUGUCGUCAGAGUAUAAGAAAACCUUGACGCCCAGGGAAACUCCUAGAAGUGUCAUCACUUGGGAAUCUCUCAAUCGAGAAUUUGCUUCCAAAGGUCAGCUUCAAACAUCGGCUUCCUCUACUUCCCAACCUCCCGCAGGCUUGCCAUCGUUGCCUCUAUUGAAUCUUCCAGAUCAUGACUCCUCCGAAGAAGAUGGACCUACUGCCCUGCAGCAGCGCCUGGAAACUCCCACUCGAGCCAGACUCUCCUACUCGAACGAUCAUGACCGCGAAGAAGAACACCAACCAACACCCAUCAUCCGACGCCUCUCUGGUCCUAGUACUCCCACUGAUGACUGGGAGCUCUCCAUGGACACUCCGGUUCACAACCGAAACACAAUCUCCUCGGAGCGAAUACAAAUGGGAGGCUUUCUGGGAGGCUGUGGACCCAGAGAUAGCGACAGUGACAACCGACCCCUUGUGGAUGACAGUGAGCAUGACCUGUCAGGGAUGGAGACUCCUUCAAAGCCCAUUAGUAUGCCCAUGCUGUUCCAACAACAGCGGUCCGUUACACCCGACAUGAUGGACCAUGCGGAUUAUAGUCAUAAUAAUAUUGACGAAGAAAGCUUGCCGUGGCAACGACGUGGGAGCACAGCAAGUCUGGCUGCCGCGGCUGCGGCCGCUGUCCAAGAAGAAGAAGAUGGACACAGCCUGAGUGAUGACGACAACGACAACGACAUGGAUCAUAGCAGUCAUCCCCUGGAUCAACAAGAUCUCGUGGAUCCAUUGUUGGGGGCAACAACAACCCUCAAACAACCUCCCCCGGUUGUUCGACGCAAACCACAACGAUUGUUUGCCGCACCGCGGUAUGCUACGGCAGUCUUUCGGCUGCUCUACUGUGCCUGCAGUUGUACCAUGGCAUGGUAUCUGUUUCGUGAUGCCGACUUUUGGCCCUCGUAUGUCGGAGGACACGGCAGCACCGCCCGGUGUUGGGAUUUGAGUGGGAGUCUGGCGCUGGCCAAAAACUUGGAUUCCGACUUUGACCACCGGAAUACGUUGCUAAGACGAUUCUUCCUGGUCCAGGCAUCCUAUCAUUUGCACUCUGGCGCGUUCCACAUCUUUUCAGUCCUGCUGCUGUUCUUUUUGAAAGAUGGCGGCAGUGAUGGUGAGAAGCAAAAAAAGAAGAAAAAGGAUUGGCUUUCUUUGCUCCGGACUUUGAUUCUCCCGCGAGCUAUGCUUCAACAUACCCUGUCCUUGUUCUUCUUGAGCAUAUCCUAUGUCUUUUCAUCGCUCCGUCGAUUGGGCGCCAUUGGGAUGUUUGCAUUGGACUUUAGUAGCUUGGCCUUGCACCUGUUGCAGACCUGUCUCAAUGCUCCAAGUGACAGCAUCUUGAGUCAAAAGAGGACGAUUCGCGUUGUUUGGGCUCUGUUGGUGGUGCCCAGCUUUCUCUACUUUCGAUUCUACGUCUGGCCCAUGGUGGGGUAUUCGGCGAGGGUGGAGUCCGAGCAGUGGUUGGCCCAACUGGAAUCUACGCUGGUCCCAGGAAGUGCGUCUUGGUUUCGGUGGACGUUCCAAACCUGGAUGGCACUUUGGAUGGGGUUCCAUGUCAUCCACUUCAAAAGGCUCUUCUUUCAUCCUCAUAUUCAGAGGAUCAUGAGCCCAAGCAACGAAGAAGCCAGUAGCGGAACUCCUACAAAGGCUUGA